CGGGCGCGAGGGGACAUGGAGGGCUACGGGCGCUUCCUGGCGCUGCUGGGCUCGGCGCUGCUGCUCGGCUUCCUCUCGGUCGUCUUCGCCCUCGUCUGGGUCCUCCACUACCGCGAAGGGCUGGCCUGGGACGGGGACGCCCAGUUCAACUGGCACCCGGUGCUCAUCAUCACGGGCUUCGUGUUCGUGCAAGGCAUCGCGAUUAUUGUGUACAGGUUGCCGUGGACCUGGAAAUGCAGCAAACUCCUGAUGAAAUUAAUCCAUGCUGGGUUAAAUACCAUUGCUUUGAUGCUGGCAAUUAUUUCCCUGGUGGCUGUUUUUGAUUUCCAUAAUGCUAAGAAGAUUCCUAACAUGUAUAGUCUGCACAGCUGGAUUGGAUUGACUGCUGUCAUUCUUUAUGCUCUGCAGCUUGUUCUAGGUUUUGUGGUCUUCUUGCUUCCUUUUGCUCCCAGCUCUCUUCGAGCGACAGUUAUGCCAAUACAUGUAUAUUCAGGCCUUCUCAUCUUUGGAACAGUGAUAGCGACAGCACUAAUGGGAAUUACAGAAAAGCUUAUUUUUGCUUUAAAGUCACCAAAUGCGUAUAGCACUUCCCCACCAGAAGCUAUUUUUGUGAACACGCUUGGCGUGCUGAUCCUGGUCUUCGGUGCUGCCGUUUUGUGGAUUGCGACAAGACCACACUGGAAGCGCCCGCCUGAGCCGAAUUCAAAAAUCCAGCAGCACAACAGAGGAACACUUGACGAUAAUGAAGAGGGGACCACUGCGGCCGAUUGCAGUAAUGAAAACAAGUCUGAUGUGGAAUUCAGUGGCGAAGCUGCAGCUAGGAAACGAAAUCCCAAAAUGGAUGAAGCUGGUCAAAGGUCAACCAUGUAAGGAUGGUGGAUGUUAAUAGCAGUGCCUUUCACAACACCAAGAGGCUGACCUUUAGUCCCUUCUGGCCAUUGAUUCAUAUAUAUUGCUUAAUGCUGUUUCAGAAUAAUUGACAUGAGUUGAUAAGGUCUUCAAUUCUAGAAGAGCCCAUGCUUAUGACUUAAAUAACCUUACUGUAACUUUUGACCAAAAGAAAGAAAUGAACUGGAAGGAAAUAUUUCCAUUUUCUAUUGACUCAAGUCCUGCCGUUUUAAGUUACAAGCAGGUGUCUCUGUGAAUCAGUGGUUGGCCAGUUUUCUCUGUGCAUUCCUUUGUAUCUGUUGAAGACAUUUAGAAAAAUACAAUUUUCUAAUGGAAUUUUAAGCUGAAGGAUUUCUAGCAUCCAUGGAAUAAACAAAUUGGUUGAAAAAAAAAUUUCAGUUCAAAUGAUUAUUCCAGCUGAAACAAGCCUUAGUGCAUUUGGCUAAUACCAUCCCAAGUGCAGCUGGUCAUGUCAUCCAAACCGAUUGUUCAUUGGUAGGUGGUUAUCCUUUCAAACAAGCCAUGCUGCUUGGUUUCGGACAACACAAACUAUUCCUAGGUAAUUAGGCAAAUUGCACUUGGCACAUGUCAUGGCUUAAACAGUGAUUUAAAUGAUUGUGUGAACCAGGCCAUCAGAAGAAAGGAAAGUUAUACCGGGGGGGGGGGGGGGGGGUGCAUCUGAAAUUGCCAAAAAAAUUAACUUCUACAGGUGUUGCUCAGAUCUGUUUUUACAGAAGGGUCAAUUUAAGGCGAUUUAACUUAGGGGGGAAAAAUGACCUUCUCCCCUCAUCCACAGUCUCCCAUAAAUGAUGGUAUUUAGGGCUUUGCAUAUUACUUUCAGCAUCUCAAAUAAGACAUGCUAACAGUGUUAGAGUACGUAAUUUGUCAUUUGAUUUGAUGACACCCAAAAUUGUUUUUGUGCAACCCCCACAAAAAACUUGGAUAUAAGUUCUUCAGCCACAGUGUUGGGAUUAAAUGCUCACCUUGCUUCUCUGACUCUGGGAGCCGAGCCAGGAGAAGGGGACACGGGCAGUCCUAGGGAGAUGCCCCCAAGUGCUUGCUCUGGAAUUGCACCACAUUAUAAGUGCAGCACGAGUGAUGUUUUAACGAGUGAGUGUUUAAGUAUGACAUGCAGAGGGACUUGAUUAUGACGGCUUGAUUCGGCACUGUUCUACUGUGGACACUUUAAGUGAAAGCAAUUUGCCUUAAGUAGUUCGUGUCCAGGACUGUACAGUUUUUACAAUGAGAAAAUCCCCCCCUGCAAUUAUGCUUGACUGUGGAUUUUUACAAACCACAGCACUGGAUUAAAUUCUGGUUCUUCUGCCUUGAUCGAAUGGCCAUAGAUUUCAAGAAGCCACUGAUUUCCAAUAUCUUACAUGGGAUGGUAUCCCCAUAUGUUGCAAACGUUCCUUUCCAAAGAUGGAUCAGGAAAGGAGGAAGGCAUCCUAUUGCUCUGGUUUGUAUUCAGGCACUUAAAAUGUCACAGAACUCCUGAAAGGUAUUUUUAUAGUUCGCUAUGACAAUCAAGUGACUGCAUGCAAUCAGACUUGGGUACCACUAUUGUUACAAUUCAGCACAUGUGUCUUAAUCUUCCUUUCUGGAGUCGGGAGUGUCAGAUCACAUCAUUCGGCUUGGUGUCUUCUGCCACUGCCAGUAGCAUGCCAAAUCGGCUUGAGUCAGGAAGACUGAGACAGAAAUAUCGUUUUGUUUUGAGUGGAGCACCUGAUACAGAUUGCCCAUCCGUUCCUCUUUUUUGGUGGUGCCAGAAUAAAUUUGUCUGGCAUCCAGGGCACAGCACACAGUGGCUGAUCGGGUUAUGCUACUGACAGAAAUAUGUAGGUGCUGUGCUGUGUUGUGUUGAGGAGAAACUUCUAAACCCUUCAGUGAUGUGAUUCAUAAGGGCACUGUCCUGUGGGAUUGAUGGCCUUUAGAGGGAACCCUCAGAAUUCAGAGGCUUUGCUGAAACUUUGCUGGCAGGAUAGGAGAAGGGCUGAGCAGCUGCUGCAUCUUGUCUUAAACGUCCCCCUGCAGAAUGCGCAGGCUUCUGAGCCUGUCCAACCCACGGGUGCUAAGUGGGGCUGGGUGGAAAGAGGCCAUGGGGUGCCGCAGAGCCAGAGGUGGGGCGGUCCCUGCCUCCCCUUUUCCAUUCACCAGAGCACUUCCCUUUUGACCUCAAAGGUGGUCCAGCACCGGCUGCCAUUGAUCUUUCUGUCACAUCAUGUGAGGUGCUGGACCGGGGGAUCUGUUGGUGGCUCCCCAUCCCAAAGUCAUAGGAGUCUAUUGCCUCAGGAGAAGGAUCCAAAAUUCCCUCUGGAUCCUGGAAUGCUCUUUCAGGGAUCUUAGAUUUGUUCUGCCUGUCAUUUCGAAAGUAUUACUUUUUAUAAGAGCUCUGACUUAAGGAAUCAUGGGGCAGAACUGGGGAAAAUAACCCUGUCUAUAAAAAGCACCUUUAAAAUAUGUUUGGCAGGAGGGAAGUCUUCAUUAUGUACACCUUUUAAAUAGUGAUGAAAUCGAAAAAUGUUCAGGUGUUCCAAAUGCGUUUGGAAGUAAUACUAAUUCUCAGUAUUGCUAAACACAGAUAUGUCCAGUAACUAUUCGAGAUCUCAAUUUUGAAAGCACUGUGCUAAGAUUUUUCAAAUCUGGUUGUUUUAAACUUAUUUCCAUGGGGAAAUUGGCAUAAGAGUUGAAAUGUAAAAAAAGGAAGCAAAUGUAUGUGUUGUAAAUCAUGAGGAACAACUACCUGCAGAUAAAUGUAAUAUGCAGAAAACAACAGAACUGCAGCAGAAAAUUGGAGGACCAAGUGUACAGAGUGAGGCACCAUGUCUUUUUAAAGCUCUGUGCAGUCCACUUUUGGCUGGGUCCCAAAAGUAAACAAACUUAUUUUCUUUCAAGGCUAUUAAAUAUAAAGCAAAACAAAACCACACACAAAAAUGAAGCUUUUCUUCCAAAGAGUUCCAAGGCAAAUUGGUGCUUGGCUGCUAAAUGAAUGCAGAUGGGCAAACUGGAUGCAUCGGGCUAUUGUCCUGGAGGAAAGGAAGUGAUUGUCCCAGAAUUAUUGUCCUUGGAGGAAAGGAAGUAAUUCAAUCCCUGGUGAGCCUCUGAGGGUGGAAGGCUCCUUUGCACCAGGCAUCUGAUGUGUUGGCAGUAGCAAUGCAGUGGUGAGCCAAGGUGCAGGAAGCCUUACCACACAGCAGGGAUGGGCAACCUGUGGCCCUCCAGGUGCUGUUGGCCUGCACCCCAUCGGGCCAAGGCAGUGCAACCAAUGGUGAGCAGUCCAUGGGGGUAGAAGGAUCUGGAGGAUCACAAGGUAUCCGAGCUGAGGAUGUCCUUCCUGCUCAUCCUCUCGAGCAGUGGCUUUCAACCUUCCCACAGCCAGCGGCUGGCGAAAACAGGAAAACCACCUCAAGGACCACUGAGGCAGGAACAAAAAGUCAUCUUCAAAAAGCAGAGUGGUGGUUGAAAAGCACUGCUCCAGAGAACCUUGGAAAAUCAACUUUGUGGGAAGUGAGCCUCUCUCAGGAAAAAAGGGUUUGCUGGAAUGACCGUGCCCUUCAAAGGCCAACUCCCAUUUGCUCAGGCAAUUGCAAAACAGUUUGGCGAACAAUGGUCCCGUGAAAGGUCAAGAGUGCUGAAUGGUAUCUUGUGCCAGCCCUCUUUAUUUUGAGAACUUAAGUGCUUUUUUAUACCAGCAGAUGCCUUUUUUGGCUGCUAGACGUUCAACUUUUCCUGUUCAGUGUAUCUAAGAGUAUGCCUAGAAUAUUGUAAAUAAGACUAAGCAGACUAUAUGAUGCUUGUAAUCUGCUUGUACAGAGGGAAACUUAAGAGAUUACCAAAUAUGUUAAUUACAAAAGACAUCCUUUGAAUAGUUGUCAUGAAUGGUGAUUCUUUUGUAGAACAAACAGGACAUACAUUUUGUAACAUUUUUAUAAUGCAAUAAAAGUUACUGCAGUCUGUA